GGAGGAGGCGGACGCUCUGCAGCCCCGCUGCCGGAGCAGCGGCAGCGGCGGCGGCUGGACCUGAGGGACAGGCGGCUGGACUGCGCCUGGUGGCUGGACUGUGCGCUCCUAUUCUCUCCCGCUCCCGGGUCUUGGGCUCACUCGCCCUGUGCCGCUCUCGCCCGCAGCCUCUGGGUGCACAAUCGCUCAGAGGCGGCACCGCCGGGUGGCCGCAGCCUCAGCCCUGCCCCUCCCUCCCUCCCUGCAGCCUCACCACGUAGGAGUUCGGAUUCUCCACCCGAUUUCCCUUUUCCUCUCUUUUGGAAAGGAGAGGUGGAGGGCGGCAACAAGGCUGCAAAGGAGAGGCCCGCCUGCAAAGUGUUGCUUUGACACAUCCUUAUUAUGGAAGUUAAGUGAAAAAAAAAAAAAAAAAAAAAAAAAAAACCCAAAAAACUCCGGGACGUGUUGCUGCUACGGAGGAGACUGGGGAAAGAGAACCAGUAGGCAGGCCAAUGGUUUUUCGGCAGCGCUUUGGCAAGUUUGUGGAACACUUUCUAGGAAUUAGGUCUUUUUCCUCCCCCUUCAUCUUCUUGACUUCUGAAGAAAGAACUUGGCUUUGGAUUGCAAUGGAACCAAAGGAGAGAGGGUUAGACACACUUGAAUAAUCUCUCCGGCUGGGGUAAAUUUGUGGGAAUUUAGGAACCAGAGUGUGGAAAUACGGCAGCCUUUGAAGUGCCCUCCGUUAAUUUGGAUGGAUCUAAGCGUGUCCCACUCAAGACCUCGCCACCAACCCCUUGAUCUUGCGAUUUGCUCUUCUUGAUUCUAACUAGUAUUUAAGAAAGUCUGAACUUUGGAUCUGAACUUUGGACCUACCUCUUUCUUUGAUACUUAUUUUUGUACUUUUGCUCUCUGGGAUUGGUUUCUAAAACAACCUGGAUCAUUUUUAAUAUGUCAAAAUGAGUCUGCUGAUGUUUACACAACUACUGCUCUGUGGAUUUGUAUAUGUACGGGUUGAUGGAUCUCGACUCCGCCAGGAAGACUUCCCCCCACGGAUUGUGGAGCACCCCUCGGAUGUCAUUGUCUCUAAGGGAGAGCCCACCACUCUAAACUGUAAGGCAGAGGGCCGACCAACGCCCACCAUUGAAUGGUACAAGGAUGGUGAGCGGGUGGAGACUGACAAGGAUGAUCCCCGGUCCCACAGGAUGCUUCUGCCCAGCGGAUCCUUAUUCUUCUUGCGCAUCGUGCAUGGGCGCAGAAGUAAACCUGAUGAAGGGAGCUAUGUCUGUGUUGCCAGGAACUAUCUUGGAGAAGCUGUGAGUCGAAACGCAUCUCUGGAGGUGGCAUUGUUGCGAGAUGAUUUCCGGCAAAACCCCACAGAUGUUGUAGUGGCAGCUGGAGAGCCUGCAAUCCUGGAGUGCCAACCUCCCCGGGGACACCCAGAACCCACCAUCUACUGGAAAAAAGACAAAGUUCGAAUUGAUGACAAGGAAGACAGAAUAAGUAUUCGUGGUGGGAAACUGAUGAUAUCCAAUACCAGAAAAAGUGAUGCAGGAAUGUACACCUGUGUUGGCACCAAUAUGGUGGGAGAAAGAGACAGUGAUCCAGCAGAGCUGACUGUCUUUGAACGACCCACAUUUCUCAGGAGGCCAAUUAACCAGGUGGUGCUGGAAGAAGAGGCUGUAGAAUUUCGCUGUCAGGUCCAGGGAGAUCCUCAACCAACUGUGAGGUGGAAAAAGGAUGAUGCAGACUUGCCAAGAGGAAGGUAUGACAUCAAAGAUGAUUAUACUCUGAGAAUUAAGAAGGCCAUGAGCACAGAUGAAGGUACCUAUAUGUGUAUUGCUGAGAAUCGGGUGGGAAAAGUGGAAGCCUCCGCUACCCUCACCGUCCGAGCUCGCCCUGUUGCUCCUCCACAGUUUGUGGUUAGGCCAAGAGAUCAGAUUGUUGCUCAAGGUCGAACUGCAACAUUUCCCUGUGAAACUAAAGGAAACCCCCAGCCAGCUGUGUUUUGGCAGAAAGAAGGCAGCCAGAACCUACUUUUCCCAAAUCAACCCCAGCAGCCCAACAGUAGAUGUUCAGUGUCGCCAACUGGAGACCUCACCAUUACCAACAUUCAGCGCUCAGAUGCGGGUUACUAUAUCUGCCAGGCCUUGACUGUGGCAGGAAGCAUUUUGGCAAAAGCUCAAUUGGAGGUUACUGAUGUUUUGACAGAUAGACCUCCACCCAUAAUCCUACAAGGCCCAGUAAACCAAACACUAGCAGUCGAUGGUACAGCAUUACUAAAAUGUAAAGCCACCGGUGAUCCUCUUCCAGUAAUUAGCUGGUUAAAGGAGGGAUUUACUUUUUUGGGUAGAGAUUCAAGAGCAUCUAUACAAGAGCAAGGAACAUUGCAGAUUAAGAAUUUACGGAUUUCUGACACUGGCACUUACACUUGUGUGGCUACAAGUUCAAGUGGGGAGACUUCCUGGAGUGCAGUGCUGGAUGUGACAGAAUCUGGAGCAACAAUCAGUAAAAAUUAUGAUUUAAAUGACCUGCCAGGGCCACCAUCGAAACCACAGGUCACUGAUGUUACUAAGAAUAGUGUUACCUUGUCCUGGCAACCAGGUACACCUGGAACUCUUCCAGCAAGUGCAUAUAUCAUUGAGGCUUUCAGCCAAUCAGUGAGCAAUAGCUGGCAGACAGUGGCAAACCAUGUAAAGACCACCCUCUAUACUGUGAGAGGAUUGCGACCCAAUACAAUCUACUUGUUCAUGGUCAGAGCAAUCAACCCCCAAGGUCUCAGUGACCCCAGCCCUAUGUCAGAUCCUGUACGCACACAAGAUAUCAGCCCACCAGCACAAGGAGUGGACCAUAGACAAGUACAGAAAGAACUAGGAGAUGUCCUUGUCCGCCUUCACACUCCAGUUGUAUUGACUCCCACUACUGUUCAGGUCACGUGGACGGUGGAUCGCCAGCCUCAGUUUAUUCAAGGCUACAGAGUAAUGUAUCGUCAGACCUCAGGCCUGCAAGCCACUUCUUCAUGGCAGAAUUUAGAUGCCAAAGUCCCAACUGAAAGAAGUGCUGUCUUAGUCAAUCUGAAAAAGGGGGUGACUUAUGAAAUUAAAGUCCGACCAUAUUUUAAUGAGUUCCAAGGAAUGGAUAGUGAAUCUAAAACAGUCCGUACCACUGAAGAAGCCCCAAGUGCCCCUCCACAAUCUGUCACUGUGCUGACAGUCGGAAGCCACAAUAGCACAAGCAUUAGUGUAUCCUGGGAUCCUCCUCCUCCAGAUCACCAGAAUGGAAUUAUCCAAGAGUACAAGAUCUGGUGUCUGGGAAAUGAAACACGAUUCCACAUCAACAAAACUGUGGACGCAGCCAUUCGGUCUGUAAUAAUUGGUGGACUAUUCCCAGGUAUUCAAUACCGGGUAGAGGUCGCAGCUAGUACCAGUGCCGGGGUUGGAGUAAAAAGUGAACCACAGCCAAUAAUAAUUGGGGGAAGGAAUGAAGUUGUCAUUACUGAAAACAACAACAGCAUAACUGAGCAAAUCACUGAUGUUGUGAAGCAACCAGCUUUUAUAGCUGGUAUUGGUGGUGCCUGCUGGGUAAUUUUGAUGGGCUUUAGCAUCUGGUUGUAUUGGCGAAGAAAGAAGAGAAAGGGCCUCAGUAAUUAUGCUGUUACAUUUCAAAGAGGAGAUGGAGGACUAAUGAGCAAUGGAAGCCGUCCGGGUCUUCUAAAUGCAGGUGAUCCCAACUAUCCAUGGCUUGCUGAUUCAUGGCCAGCCACAAGCUUGCCAGUGAACAAUAGCAAUAGUGGCCCAAAUGAAAUUGGGAAUUUUGGGCGUGGAGAUGUGCUGCCACCAGUUCCAGGCCAAGGGGAUAAAACAGCAACGAUGCUUUCAGACGGAGCCAUUUACAGCAGCAUUGACUUCACUACCAAAACCACUUACAACAGUUCCAGCCAAAUAACACAGGCUACCCCAUAUGCCACGACACAGAUCUUGCAUUCCAACAGCAUCCACGAAUUGGCUGUUGAUCUGCCUGAUCCACAGUGGAAAAGCUCAAUUCAGCAAAAAACAGAUCUGAUGGGAUUCGGUUAUUCUCUACCUGAACAGAACAAAGGUAACAAUGGUGGGAAAGGCGGAAAAAAGAAGAAAAAUAAAAACUCCUCUAAACCACAGAAAAACAACGGAUCGACCUGGGCCAAUGUCCCUCUACCUCCUCCCCCAGUCCAGCCCCUUCCUGGUACAGAGUUGGAACACUAUGCAGUGGAACAGCAAGAGAAUGGCUAUGACAGUGAUAACUGGUGCCCACCAUUACCAGUACAAACAUACUUACACCAGGGUAUGGAAGAUGAACUGGAAGAAGAUGACGAUCGGGUUCCAACACCCCCUGUACGAGGCGUGGCUUCUUCUCCUGCUAUCUCCUUUGGACAACAGUCCACUGCCACUCUUACUCCAUCCCCACGGGAAGAGAUGCAACCCAUGCUGCAGGCUCACCUCGAUGAGCUGACAAGGGCAUAUCAGUUUGAUAUAGCAAAACAAACAUGGCACAUUCAAAGCAAUAAUCAACCUCCUCAGCCCCCAGUUCCACCAUUAGGUUACGUGUCCGGAGCCUUGAUUUCUGAUUUGGAAACAGAUGUUCCAGAUGAUGAUGCUGACGAUGAAGAGGAAGCUUUAGAAAUUCCCAGGCCCCUGAGAGCACUAGACCAGACACCUGGAUCCAGUAUGGACAAUCUAGACAGCUCUGUGACAGGAAAAGCCUUUACCUCCUCUCAAAGACCUCGACCCACCAGCCCAUUUUCUACGGACAGUAACACGAGUGCAGCCCUGAAUCAGAGUCAGAGGCCCAGGCCCACCAAAAAACACAAGGGAGGAAGAGUGGACCAACAGCCAGCACUGCCUCACCGAAGGGAAGGAAUGACAGAUGAUCUUCCACCACCACCAGAUCCCCCACCAGGUCAGGGUUUAAGGCAGCAAAUAGGCCCGAGCCAGCAUGGUGGUAAUGUGGAAAAUUCAACAGAGAGAAAAGGAAGCUCUCUAGAGAGACAACAUGCCUCCAGCUUAGAAGACACAAAGAGCUCACUGGAUUGUCCAGCUAAAACCUCACUAGAGUGGCAACGACAAACCCAGGAGUGGAUAAGCGCCACAGAACGCCAAGAAGACAUACGGAAAGCCCCACACAAACAAGGGGUUGGAUCAGAGGAGGCCCUGGUGCCCUAUAGCAAGCCCAGUUUCCCAUCUCCGGGUGGCCACAGCUCAUCAGGAACAGCUUCUUCUAAAGGAUCCACUGGACCCAGGAAAACUGAGGUGUUGAGGGGAAGCCACCAGCGCAAUGCCAGCGACCUUCUUGACAUAGGAUACAUGGGCUCAAAUAGUCAAGGACAGUUUACAGGUGAAUUAUAGUAAUUGAGAGGAGACCUACAAAGCUGCUCUGAAGGACCAUCAGGUCCCAACUCAUGGACGUGAUGACACUAAACAGUGCAAUGAACAAUUUCUUUUAUUUAUGUACUAUUAAAAGAACUGUAAAUGCAAUGUAAAGACACACAGCCACACAUAUCCCACAGAUAUUUUACUUGUGUUCUUCUCUUAAGUACACCACCCACCUUAACUCUUUCUUGUCAGGAGUAUAUUAAAAAGAAAGAAAGUAAAACUCGCCCUCCAGGAAGAAAAGGAUUUUCCUCUGUAUAUAAUUUCUUUUGUGCAUUGCUAUGCAAGCUCACUCUUUUUAGCUCUGUUCAUAUUAUUGUCUGUUCUUAUUGGUCUGUUGUACUAUAUGUGAAUUAAUAGGCUGUGGUGCCAUAUAUUAACUUUUAAUUGUGUAACUUUUAUGUUUAAAUUUUGCACUGCAAUUUUAUUUGGUGAUAAGCACAAAUCUCUACUCCUCAUGACAUGAAGAAAAGAUUGAAUGUGAAGGGGGUUUCUGUACUGUAAGCUAGGUUGGAUAAUGCUGGUGUAACCCAUCCUGUUAGAUGGUUUUCAGUUGGGGUGUAGAAAUAGGAAGAUGCAAAGGAACAAUGGUGUUGGCAAAGUCUGAACAUCAGGAAUUGAGUCAGUUCUUAAAAGCAGAAAGAUGGAUUUUGCUAUUGACAAAAACAAGGGGUCAAAAGAAGGAAUUUCAAGUCUUUAGACUGAAUGUGCAUUAGAAUCUGCAGGUAGCAAAGAUGUACUAAACUUGCUUUAAAAAAGAUAAUGAAAGUUUUAUUUAGAAUCAACUUUACCUGUCAUUGUAAUUGACCCACCUGAGAAUUGCAACAAGCAAAAGGAAAUUAAGGUGUUUCACAAGAGCUGUAUUUAUAUUACAGCUUUUUAAAACAGCAUUUUCUGAAUUACCAUAAUUAAUCUCUCCAACUCAUUAAGUCAGAAUAUAACAUGAAGUUCCCCAAGGAAACAAACAAAAUGAACUCCAGAAUAUCUAGCAAAUAAAGAAGCAAUUUAUUAUUAGGACAUACUCAGACUGCUUCAAAAUAUGAACUCUAUUGUAAUAUCUUGUUUUGUCUUUCUAAUACAUGUACAGUACACACGGGAGGAUAGAACUGCAUCACUUAAAUUCAUGACUUAAAAAAAUGCAGUCUAUAUACAACUUUGUGUUUCAUCAAUUAAGAAGUGAAGUUGAUUUUACCAAAUGUAGAGCCAAAUUGUAAGUGCUUAAAAAGCAGUGCUCGGAGUAUGUUCAGUUCAUCUUCAGUAGGUUUAUUGGAAUAAAUAUUUGAUGGUACAUUCUCAGAAAUUGGCUACCAACUAAAAUCUGUUUGACCCAUUUUGAAUGAGUAAAUUGAAAAGAACAAAUUUAAAAGGAGAAAAAUGCAUGUUUAUACACUUUUUAAAUAAAACCAAAUCUUGUAAGUGGACAUUCAUAACAGUGUCCUGCCUCAUUUGUUUCCACGACUUUGAGAACAAGAAGUUCCUGAACAUCAGUUAUGUAUGCUCAAAAUAAAUGUGACUUUGAAAUAUAUGUUAGAUACUGUACAUGUAUAGUCAAUCAGUCAAGUAGAAGAUAACCUUUCUGAAAUUCUCACUUGUGACAUUUUCCCAUGUGCUACCUACGCAAUCUUAAAUUCUAUCUCUGGCUAUAUUUUCUUAUAUUUUUCCUAUGAUAUAUUCAGUACUUCAAAACUAUUCGAUGUAACAAUAAGGAUCAAGUUCGAAAGUAGGAGACCCUUUAAUAAUUCUCAUACUCUGCAUUGUUGACUUGAUCACCGGUUCAUGUCAUGUUGUCAUAGCAAAGGGAUGAUAUAGCUAAAUGACUCUGUCUUUUGGAUUCCCUGAGACUGCAUCAGUUCAGGCAAGUCUAGAAUGUGAUGUUCUUUAUAGGUCCCAAAAUCUUCUUGGUGUCUUGUAGUUUAUUCCUUCACAGAAGAGAAAAGGAAUUCUGAGACACACUUAUUAAACCUUUUAUCAACUUUAUACCAUCAGUGCCUGGAUUUUCAUGCAGUUUCAUUUCUCUGGGAUAAAGGGACUGGGAAAGGAGAAAAGCUUCUGCAAAAAAUGACUACAUAAUUAUUCACAACUCUAAGAUGUGAGGAAUUUAUUUUUUAUUUGUGAAGUUCCUUACUUCACCUCCUUUAUUGCAAAAAAAGAAAUAUCUAAGAAGUUGUAUUCAUCUGUGUUUCAUCUUUAUGCUACUCAGUCACUGAAUUUAGUCUAAAAUUUUAUUGCAUAGAUUAUACAGACUCUUGAUCUCUGGUAACUGGCAUUUGUAGGCAAUUAAUAAACCAAGAAAUAAAAACGUGUCUUUAUGUAGUUGACAUAUAGAAUAAUUGGAGCAUAGACUCAUACCUUCCUGAUUGUCUUCAGUAGCUAAAAUUUCAUAGUUAGAUAAUGGAAUACAGACCCUGUGUUACUUGGAGCAUUCUUUAGAAUAGUCCAUGUUGCCUUUAAACCUAGUUUUAAAUAAAUUGAUCCACCAAAUCUUCCACCCAAAAUAACAUCCUAGGGCUAUACAAAUUCAGAAACACUCUUAAAAAAUCAGAAAUCUUCAACAAACAUGAUAUAUGUAUAAAACUACUAGUCAGUAUAAACCAGAAUGUCAACAGAAUAAUACAAACCUACAGGAGAAGCUUCAUAGAUUUUCAUUGUGUAGCUGAUUUGAUGAAUGUGAUUUGAAAUUCCUUGAGCUCACUUGGCUAAGCAGAGCCUGCAAAAGCCAUCAGAAGGAAACGUGGGUGGGAGAGAAUGUAACUUACCUUGCACCUGUAGGCAACACUGCUGUGAAGUCAAAACAGACACAGGUACUGCCUCAUUCACAACGGGUAAAUUCUCUUUUGGGGAAGAUAACCACAUCAGUGCCCAAACUCAGGUAUGCCAGUGUAUGCCAGGGAGUCAACCCACCCUCCUCCAAAUUUUUUCCAUGCCAUUUUUUAAAAAGUUAGGAUAGUACAGGGGCAUAAAAAUAAUUGAUUCCUUCAUAGGAUUUGAAUCCAGUUCAAGAGAGAAUAUAGGAAAAUCAGGAUCAACUUGUCAAGUUAUCAUACAACCAAAGGGAAGUAAAACCAUAGCAAGUUUACUUGCUUUGAAUAGCAGAUUUAAUGAUGUUCUAUGUCAUAGUUUAAUGCUCUGGGUUUUUAAAUAUAUUUUCAAUGGGAUUUGAGUUGAAAGUUUGUAUGUGCUUUGGUGGAACACAUCCUAAUUUCUACACAGUAAAAAUAUGUAAUUGUCCAUUGACAAUAAAACAAUAACAAUGCCAAUGAGCUCCAAACUCUGGAUUACCUCCACUGGAAAGCAAUUGUGUGUCAGUAUUAAAGAUAUGCAGAACCAUAAUACACUAAUGUUAGUUUUUUCAUCUGCUGUGUAUAUUGUGUUUAUAGCAUUACAUGACAAGAAUUGGUGUAAAGUUACAUGUCUUUCCACAUUAUCUUAGAGGUGAAGUUCCUUUUAUUUUGCUUCUUUAUAAUGUGUACUUCAAAUGAAGCACCAUGCAUUUCUUUAAAUGACAUGCAACUUACUAAUUCUUUUCAAUUUCAUAACUUAAAAAGGAUUUAUUGUGACUUUAAAAGUGUUGCAAGAUAAGGGAUUCUGUGGCCGUGGGUAGACUUUUUAUACUUUGUUUUAUAGAUGCAUUUUUUUUUAAACUGUAGUUUGUUUAAGUCACCAAACAGCGUCCAAAAUCUUAAUGUGUUUCAUUUGAUGUUUAGAUUGGCAAAGAAAUUGACAUAAAAUUGGUUAAUAGUAUUGUCAAACAAUUGUGUAUUGUGUACUC